AUGUCUUUCGACUUUGGGCGGAUUAAGAAAGCAUUAUUUGGGGAUGCCUCACCUCGACCGAAACUUACAUCUCUUGACAUCGAGGGUGUGUCACAGUUAAUUCAUGAUGGUUGUGUCAGCAAAAUAGUAACUAUGGUGGGUGCUGGGGUAUCGACAGCUGCUGGAAUACCUGAUUUCCGAAGUUCAUCUUCUGGUAUAUACGAAAACUUGGAAGAGUUUAACUUGCCUACUCCCACAGCAAUAUUCUCGAUUAGUUAUUUUCGAAACAAUCCCAGACCUUUUUUUGAGAUUGCAAGGCGUCUGUACCGACCAGAAGCAAAGCCUACGUUCGCUCAUUAUUUUAUCAAGUUACUUCAUGAUAAAGGCUUACUUCUUAGACACUAUACACAGAAUGUUGAUAGCUUGGAACGCCUAUCUGGCUUACCAGAGGAGAAAUUAGUUGAAGCUCACGGAACAUUCCACACCGGACACUGUAUUAAUUGCAAUAGACAGUAUGAUUUCGAGUUUAUGUUAAAUGACAUUUUAGCUAAAAAAGUUCCCAAAUGCCUUGAAUGCCAAAAUGUUGUCAAACCUGAUGUUGUACUUUUUGGUGAGAGCAUGCCGGAAAUAUUUUUCAGAAACCUCUCAUCGGAUCUCAAUAAUUGUGAUUUACUCAUCAUAAUGGGGACUUCGUUAACUGUAUUGCCAUUCUGUGCAAUGAUUCAUCGUGUUGGCAAUGAUGUCCCGCGACUGUACAUUAAUCGAGAAUAUAACGAUGGUUCUACAGAAUCUGCUUUAUCUUCAUUCAUUAUGCGGUUUAUGGUGGCUGGUUUUAAACAGAAUUAUAUGAAAUGGGGCAGAUCUGAUAAUAAACGUGAUGUAUUUUGGUCGGGUAAUGCUGAUGAUGGUGUCACUAAAUUAUCAGAACUUCUUGGCUGGAAGGCUGAACUGUUAAAACUAAAGAGAGAAACGGACUCCCGCUUAGAUGCAGAGUUUAUGGAGAAGAAGUCGCAAUACAAUAACAAGAAAUCAGUGGUCAAUGAUUAA